UCUUAAGGAUUGUCUGGCAACGUCCUUUCAUCUUUUGCUUGGUUGUCAUAUCGCUAAGCGCUGGCAGUCUUCCUCAUCACUUCCAUUCCAGUUCGGUAUCAGUACUGAUUCAUCACUUGUCCUUAAAUCACCUUUAGGAGAUCCUUGUAACCCACAAACAAGAUGGGCAGGGAGGACAAGACUUCGUGGAAAGCUAACUACUUCGUAAAACUCGUCCAACUUCUUGAGGACUACCCGAAGUGCUUCAUUGUAGGGGCAGACAAUGUCGGGUCAAAGCAAUUGCAGCAGAUUCGUCGUUCCUUGAGGGAUCAUGCAGUGGUUCUCAUGGGCAAAAACACGAUGAUUCGCAAAGCCAUCCGCGGUCAUUUGGAGAACAAUCCAGCUCUGGAAAAGCUCCUUCCUCACAUCAGAGGAAAUGUAGGCUUCGUUUUCACUAAGAGCGAUUUGGUUGACGUUCGAGAUCGCCUUACUGAGAACCGUGUUCGCGCUCCUGCUCGAGCUGGUGCGCUGGCUCCCAUGCCUGUCGACAUCGAACCACAAAACACGGGUCUUGGCCCCGAAAAGACUUCUUUCUUCCAGGCUUUGUCUAUUCCAACCAAGAUUUCCAAGGGUACCAUUGAAAUCAUCACUACCGUGAACGUGAUUAAAGAGGGUGAGCGUGUCGAUGCUUCUGCUGCCACUCUAUUGAACAUGUUGAACAUCUCUCCAUUCACGUAUGGUUUGGUUGUUCAACAAGUCUACGAUUCCGGAACUGUCUUCGAGCCAAAGAUCUUGGACAUUAAACCCGAAUCUCUUCGUACACGUUUCAUGGAGGGUGUUCGUAAUGUGGCAAGUGUCUCGCUGCGUAUUGGUUAUCCAACAUUGGCGUCCGCUCCUCACUCUUUGAUCAACGGCUUCAAGAACUUGCUUGCUGUUGCUGCUGCGACUGACAUUGAAUUUAAAGAAGCUAUGACCGUCAAGGAAUUUUUGAAAGAUCCCAGCAAAUUCGUUGCUGCUGCUGCAGCGUCUGCACCUGCUGCCGCUGCUGCUCCGGCUGCUGCUGCUGCCCCCAAGAAAGAGGAGAAGAAAGAAGAAUCCGAGGAGGAAGAUGAUGACAUGGGCUUUGGUCUUUUUGACUAAGUGGUCAUGCUGUCAAUUUGAUCUGUUUUUUCAAACUGUUAAGUGCUAUUACAUGGUGGGUGCGUCCCAUGUACCGCGGAUAGUUAUCUUGACUGGAAUACAAUGGCAGAUUAUCUAAA